ACCACAAAUGAUUCGUUUGGUACUAGUGUCUGCUUUCAUCUUCAUCUUGGGUUUCUACGAAGCCAAAGGUGUGCCGAAUGACCUUUCACUCAAGAAUGACGAGACACGUACUCCCUAUCGACCAAUUGAAGAAAAAGGGGUAGAUGCAGCUUCUUACGGGAGGGUUGUUGAAGGUAAAGAAAUUGAUACUGCGACGAAGGUUGGGUGGGGUUUGUUAGGGACAUAUCUAGGAGUCUCUGUGGCGUAUACUGUUACGUUGGUUGCUCUUACGGUUCCUCCCUUGGCUGCCGGCGGGUUGGCGUUGUUGGGGCUGGGGACGGCGAAUGCAAACUCAGAUGCAAACAAAGAACAGCACAAUUGACAACAACCGUCGUAUACGUAAAAACAAGAAGAUUAAUUGUUUGUGCCUUUUACUGUGAAA